AUGCUUAUUAUAGUAAUUUUGACUGGAGAUGCUGGUGUGGGAAAGUCUAAUUUCCUUUUAAGAUAUGUCAAAGAUAAGUACAAGAAUGUUAGUUCAACUAUUGGAGUGGAGUUUGCAUAUAAAGUAGCAACUUUAAAAAAUAAAACCAAAGUUAAAGCAUAAAUUUGGGAUACUUCUGGUUCUGAGAAAUACAGAUCAAUUACUACUGGUCACUACAGAUUCGCACUUGGAGCUGUUUUAAUGUACGACAUAUCAAAUGCAGAUACAUUCAAGAACUGCAGGUACUGGCUGGAAAAUAUAAAAACUUAUGCAGACGAUAAUGUAGUAAUAGCACUUGUUGGAAAUAAAGCAGAUAUUUUGCAUGUAAAUCAAAGUCGAAGAGAAGUUCCGAGAGAAUUAGCUGAGAAAUUCGCAAGGGAAAACAACUUGAUAUUCGUGGGAGAGUCAUCUUCAUAAGCCAACUAAAACAUCAAGGAGGUCAUGGACACUUUAUUUGAGAGAAUAUUCAUUGUGUAAAGUGAACUGGUGAAGAAAGGUAAGAAAAGACUAGAGACUUUGAAGAUGUCUGAGGAAGCUUUGAUGCUAAAUAACCACAGAUGCUGCUAUUGA